AUGGGCCUGACGUGGCUCCUGCUGCUCGGCCUGCUGGGGCUGGGCGGUGCGGCCGCGGGUCCGGGGGCGCGGCGGGGGCGCGAUGCGGGCGGGCGCGGCGGGGUGUACGAGCACCUCGGAGGGGCCCCGCGGCGCCGCAAGCUCUACUGCGCCACCAAGUACCACCUGCAGCUGCACCCGAGCGGCCGCGUCAACGGCAGCCUGGAGAACAGCGCCUACAGCAUCCUGGAGAUCACGGCGGUAGAAGUGGGCAUCGUGGUUAUGAAGGGGCUCUUCUCAGGGCGCUACCUGGCCAUGGACCAGCGGGGCCGUCUCUACGCGUCGGAGACCUACAACCCGGAGUGUGAGUUCGUGGAGCGGCUCCACGAACUGGGCUACAACACGUACGCUUCCCGCCGGUACCGGUCAGCACCCAGUGCUCCUUGCCAGCCGGGUUCCACCGAGAGACUGUGGUACGUGUCGGUGAAUGGCAAGGGCCGGCCGCGCCGAGGCUCCAGGACUCGGCGCACCCAGAGAUCGUCCCUCUUCCUGCCUCGCGUGCUGGACCCCCAGGACCACGAGAUGGUGCGGCUUCUCCUGCAUGCUGCUAAUCCAGGGCCACAGGAGUGGACCCCAGACCUCCUUAGGAAAGGGGAGCACUCUAAUCAGAGGGUCAACAUGGACAGGCUGUGUGUGUCCAACUCCAAUUCCAAAGGCGUGUCCAGGUCCAAUUGCCAUUACAUCAGUGUGAGGGACGGGGGCUUCGAGGAAACUGUGGGUGCUGAGCCAGCACUGGAGACUCCCAGCCUCAGUUUCCCCAUCUUCCCAACAGGAUCCAAAAUGGGCACUGGCCAGUGA